CGCAAAGCUUCGACCUCGACUUGGAGCUUCAACUUGGAGCUUCGGUUCUAAUACAUAACACUUGACAACUUGCCUCUUGCCUCUUCCGAAGUUUAUCUCUCCCAUUCUCCCAUUUUAAACACCGCUCAAACACCCUCACAUAACUAAAAGUAGCUGUUCUGGACUUUUCAUUCUCGUUCUGCUCCGAUCUGAUACCCAUAGCCUGGCUCAGCGAGAGCCCAUCAUCCCCCUAUGAGCAAGAUAAUCCUCCGCUUCCAAGGUCGUGAUGGCCAGUUCCGCUUGAAUGUCAAUCCCAAGGGGGAUUUUCCGUCCAUCCAGAAUGAGCUUGCCGAAAAGCUACCGCCAAACGUCGAUAAGAGUUCUAUAACGCUCAGUAAUAAGCCCCGCGGUGGGGAUGAGAGGCCGAUCCGGGAUCUCAAAGGGAUCAGCUUUGAGAGAGUGGGACUGAGCCAUGGAGAUAUGCUAUACUACGACUAUGCGACCACCAACGUCGACGGCAAUGGGCAUGCAAAUGGCUCCGCACCCGAAGGAGGGAGAAGUCUAAACGGACAGCCGGCUCGAAGCACAAGUACCGCCACGGCCACUUCGUCAAACACCGCACCAACCACCAUAAGGAAUCCGUGGGACGUCGUGAAACAAUCCCCGUUGGAUGACGCCCUUGACAAGCAAGACGGCAAGAUCUCGCGGCCGAAAGACGUCAAGAUGUGCCGCCACGGCGCGAAGGGCAUGUGCGACUACUGCAUGCCGCUGGAGCCAUACGAUGCCGGACAUUUAAAAGAGAAGAACAUCAAACACCUCUCCUUCCACAGCUAUCUCCGAAAGAUCAACCACGGCAAGAACAAACCCGAGUCCGGCUCGUCAUAUAUGCCUCCACUGACCGAGCCCUAUUUCCGAGUACGGCCGGAAUGUCCCUCCGGUCAUCCACCAUGGCCGGAUGGUAUCUGUACGAAAUGCCAGCCUAGCGCAAUCACACUACAACCACAGGAAUUCCGGAUGGUCGACCACGUGGAGUUUUCCUCGUCGGGAAUGGUCAACUCGUUGCUAGAAUUCUGGAGGCACUCGGGGUCCCAGCGGUUGGGUUUCUUAUAUGGCAGAUGCGAGGAAUACACAGAAGUGCCGCUCGGGACCAAAGCGGUCGUCGAGGCGAUCUACGAACCCCCGCAAGUCUGUGAAGUGGACGGAAUCAGUCUGGGAGAGUGGGCGAACGAAGACGCAGUGGACGAGGUGGCGAGAAUGUGCGGGAUGCAGAGGAUAGGCGUGAUCUUCACCGAUUUGCUGGACGCUGGAGCGGGCGAUGGAACGGUCGUGUGCAAACGACACAUCGAUUCGUACUUCCUUUCAUCACUCGAGAUCGUGUUCGCAGCACGAUACCAGGGCCGGUAUCCGAGACCGACCAAGUGGAGCGACACCGGCAAAUUCGGAUCCAACUUCGUCACCUGCGUCGUCAGCGGCGACCAAUCGGGCCAAAUCGGCAUCUCCGCGUACCAAGCCAGCAACUCCGCCGUGGAGAUGGUCCACGCGGAUAUCAUCGAGCCAUCCGCUGAGCCGGGGCAGAUGCUCGUGCAGAACGAAACCGAGGACCAGUCGCUGGGCCGCGUGCGCUACAUCCCCGAGGUGUUCUACCGCAAGCUGAACGAGUACGGCGCGAAGGUGCAGCAGAACGCGAAGCCCGCGUUCCCGGUCGAGUAUCUGCUGGUCGCCCUGACGCAUGGCUUCCCGACGGAUGGAAAGCCGCAAUUCACGCACACCGGGUUCCCGAUCGAGAACCGCGAGAUUCUGGGAGCGGCGCAGGAUUUCCAUGCGUUAGCCAAGCAGAUCCAGGCCUCGUCGUCGGCGCCGUUGCUGAACCAGGCGGGUGGGACCAACCUGGUCUCGGACUUCCACUUGCUCUGCUACAUCCAUUCGCUGAACAUUCUGAGCAAGGAGGAGGAGGAGGUCCUGUGCCGCCUCGCAUCCAAGCACGACCUCGCCGACGGCUACCAGUUGCAGAACGCUCCCGGUUGGGCCACACUCCGGACAAUUGUCCAUGACAGCGGUGAGAGACCCCCGAAGCGUCCCUUUUCAGACCAUCAGCCCUUUUCCGACAACACCCCAAGCCCCAGCACUGCCACUGCCAGUCCUUCUACCGAUCAGCUUGCUAAGAGGGUCAAGGGGUUUAGCUUGAAAUAGAUUGACGAUACCGACCGAUCGGUCGACCACAUCUUGGCCCAAACCCAUACUUAGAUCGUUCCGGUCCGUUCGAGCGCAGUAUACAUAGCAUGCGAAUGCGUCCGCAAGGCAAU